AUGGGCCGCCACUCCUUUGCCGCCCAAAAUAUCAACAAAACCAGUCAAUACCUCCUCGCCGCCAAACGCCUCCUCAAUCCCCCACCCGCAUUCACUCCCUUGGCAACCUUCCCGCCCUCGACCCGUCUAGUCCGCCCUCCGAAACAACGCUCCGCCAAACCCGGUUCCCGGCGUACAUCGCGCCUCUUCGCACCCCUCAAAAUCGCCUACGAGGAAGACCGUCUACGAUGGGAAUACUUCAACGAUCACCCGUGGGAACUCGCACGUCCGCGGAUCAUUCUCGAGAGUGAUGGUAAAGAUCACCAACGCUGGGAUUGGAGUUUACCGUUGGAUUUCGGCUUGUUGAGACCUGCGGUAAGGGAUGGGGAGGAGAAGGCGUGGGAUCGCGUCAUGGCCAGGCAGGGUGGCAGGCCGAUUAAUGGAGAGGCGGUGAUUCAACGCCAACAAUACCUCAUGCACAAACAAUCCCUCUCCGAAGCCGCCGCUUACGAUCGCGCGCGCAAAGAACUCUAUCGUUUCCGCCACGCUCGAGAAAUCGAACAGCGCGUCGCACGUGAGGAGGCCUUGUCCACGGGAGCAUAUUUCGGUCCCGGACCCCUACAAACGGGUAUGCAUGUGGAAGAUCAAAUGUAUGAGCAGUGGAAGGCAUGGGCGCAAAAUGAAAUCCAGGCGCAAAAGGCGCUGGCGGGUUCCGCGUAUACGGGGGCGGAGGAGGAGGUGGGAUUGGAUGCUGAGGGUGGAGAGGAGAGUGCGGCGUUGGAGGAGGUCGCGGGGAGUGUGCCGGGGAGUAGAGGAGGGGUUACUGCUCGGGGAGGUGCGGCGGUGCAUGCUUGA